AUGCUGAAGACCUCACUUACACGUCCUGCUCUUCGCAGUGCUCGUCCACACCAUCUCCAGGCUCUUCCGCGUUUGGUCAACCGGAAAUUCAGCGCGUUCCCCACAGUUACACGAACCUCAUCUCUGGCAGCAGCCAGGCUGUUGAGCACCUACACCCCGCGAUGCUCAGCAUCUGCAACGGCGACAACAUCGACUCCAUCACAGCCGGAUCAACCGCAACCUCUUCCUGAAGUUGCCUCGGACGAUCUCCCUAUUAUCAGCCAGGAUGGACGGCAGGUGGCCAUUGGUUGGGAUACCCGGACAUGGUCUCGAUUCCAUAACAUAUGGCUACGCGACCACUGUCGUUGUCCAAAAUGCUUCCAUCCAGUGACAAAGCAGAGAUUGUUUAACACCUUCGAUAUCCCUAAAGAUAUAACCCCUCUGCGUGUGGAGUCCAGAUCAGCUGGUCUUGAGGUUACCUGGCCCUCGAAGGAGCCACAUGUAUCCCUCUACCCAUGGUCAUGGCUGCAACGAAGUUCUUACGACCCUCCGCUUCCUCGAAAAGAUUCCUCCUCCAACGAGAAGAUCCUGUGGGGAUCUAAAAUCAUGCAAUCGCCGCCCACCGUCACAUACGAGGAAGUAAUAGCAGCCGAUGACCGUGGCUUGUACAAAUGGCUUUCUAACAUCUAUAAAUUCGGAUUUUCCUUUGUAUCUGGCGUACCUGCCACACCUGAAGCGACGGAGGAGCUAUCGAAGAGGAUUGGGUUCAUUCGCGAGACGCAAUACGGAAAAUUCUGGGACUUCACCUCCGAUCUAGCGAAAGGCGACACAGCAUACACUACCCUGGCACUCGGCGCACACACCGACAAUACCUACUUCACCGACCCCUGCGGCCUCCAGCUCUUCCACCUCCUCUCACAUACCGAUGGCACAGGUGGCGCCACGCUCCUCGUCGACGGCUUCUACGCUGCCUCCAUCAUGAAGGAGCUGCACCCUGAGGCGUACCAGCUCCUCUCCCGUGUGCGCGUCCCGGCGCACGCUGCUGGCGAGGCAGGCUCGUUGUAUACGCCCGCGCCGCCGACUGGCUAUCCGGUGUUGGGCCAUGAUGCGGUCACGGGCGAGCUGGUGCAGGUACGGUGGAAUAACGAUGAUCGGAGUGUGAUGACGCGGUUGGAGGCUGGGGAGGUAGAGAAAUGGUACGAUGCGAUCCGGGUGUGGAACAAGUGCUUGACGAGUGCAGACUCGGAGUAUUGGGUGCAGCUUCAGCCCGGUACUGCAGUUGUCGUGGACAACCACCGUGUCCUACACGGCCGCUCCGCUUUCGAUGGCAAACGGCGGAUGUGUGGGGCGUACAUUGGUGUUGACGAGUACCGCUCGAAGCUGGCAGUUCUCAGUGAAAAGUUCUCCCCCGGCGCUGUGCUGCAGGCUACUAAGGACCUUCCUGAGGCGAAUGUGAAUGGCAGGAGUAUUUGGAACCCUGCACUGUAG